AUGGGAAAAGCAGACGAGAUCACCAUGGCCGGCGAUGCCUACACCAAAGAGACCGCCGUAGACCUGGAGAAGCAUGAUGUCGUCAGUACGGGAGCUGAGCUCAAGAGGAGGCUCAAGAGCAGACAUCUGCAGAUGAUAGCUAUCGGCGGAACGAUUGGAACUGGGCUCUUCAUUGGUAGCGGUUCUGCCAUCGCAAAAUCCGGUCCUGCCGGUGCGUUGAUUGCUUAUGCCUUUGUCGGAUCGAUUGUCUUCUCGGUCAUCGCCUCGCUGGGCGAGAUGGCGACCUACAUCCCAAUUCCUGGCGCUUUCACCUCGUAUGCUACUCGAUUCGUCGACCCCAGCCUGGGUUUCGCCAUGGGCUGGAUAUACUGGUUCUCAUGGGCUAUUACCUUUGCUCUCGAACUCACAGCGACCGGUCUGAUCAUACAGUACUGGAAUCCAAACCUCUCCGUUGCCAUCUUCAUCGGGGUCUUCUGGGCCUUCAUCACUGCUAUAAACUUGCUGCCCGUCAAUUUCUACGGUGAAGUCGAGUUCUGGUUCUCUUUGAUCAAGGUCGUCACCGUCGUGGGCUUCAUGCUCUUUGCCAUCUGCGUGAACGCGGGUGUGGGUGACCAGGGCUACAUUGGCUUCAAGUACUGGAGAGAGCCAGGCGCGUUCGCUCCAUACCUCCUCGAAGUCAUCGGGGAGCAUAGAGUUCCCCUCGGCAAGUUCCUUGGGUUCUGGUCUGUCCUGGUUCAGGCUGGAUUCUCCUACCAGGGUACGGAGUUGGUCGGUAUCGCUGCCGGAGAGACCCAGAACCCACGCAAGGCAGUGCCCUCUGCUAUCAAGAAGACCUUCUACCGUAUCCUCUUCCUUUUCGUCCUUACCGUCUUCUUCAUCGGUAUCCUCAUCCCAUACACCAACAAAAACCUCCUCUCCAGCAACACCGAUGCCUCUGCAUCCCCCUUCGUCAUUGCAGCUAAGCUGGCCGGUGUCAAAGUCCUCCCAGACAUCAUCAACGCCGUCCUGCUCACCGUCGUGCUCUCGGCUGCUAACUCAAACGUCUACUGCGGCAGCCGAAUCCUGGUCGGCCUCGCCACCGAGAGGUGUGCUCCCAAGUUCUUCACUAAGACCACCAGAGGUGGUGUCCCAAUCGCCAGUGUUGUCUUCACUUCCGCCAUGGGCUUCCUAGGCUUCCUCAACCUGUCUAACAACGGUGGAACCGUGUUUGGCUGGUUCUUGAACAUCAGCAGUAUCGCUGGGUUUAUCUCCUGGUCUUGCAUCAACGGCUGCCACAUCCGUUUCAUGCACGCCCUUGCAGCCCGUAACAUCAGCAGAAACACCCUGCCAUACAAGGCACCAUUCCAGCCCUUCCUCGCCUACUACGGCCUCGGCUUCAACAUCCUCAUCAUCCUCACCCAAGGAUUCACCGCCUUCAUCCCGUGGAACACCUCCAACUUCUUCAUCGCAUACGUCAGCCUGAUCCUCUUCGUUGUCCUCUUCACUGGCCAUAAACUAUGGUUCCGCACUAAGCCCGUUGGCCUCCUAGAAGUUGAUCUCGACUCUGGCCGUAUCGAAUGCGACGCUGAAGAAUGGGACAAUACCGAAUACCCUCGUCCCCAAGGCUUCCUUCCAGCUGUUAAACAUCGACUGUCACGAAUGUUCUGUUGA